ACAGUCGGCGGAGGAAGAUUCGUGACUCACGCGGCAUAUGCCGAUGGUCGAAAACAACAAAUCUAGCAAUUCCUAUUUCUUCUGCAACUGAACUUAACCACCACAUAUCCUCCUUUAUAUACAUAGCACAAUCCCCUCCCUCCCUCCUCAGCUUAAUUACUGGAUUCGCCACACCAAUUCCAGGGAUUUUGCAUAAAUAUUGAUUGCUUCUUGCCCAAAUAUUCCUAUUACUGCCAGCAAGCUCUUGCUGGCGGUCGAAUUGGUUUGCUGGCUUGUGAAUAGCAGAUGAAUCCCCAGAGCACCCUGAAUCCUAGUAAAGCCCUUGAGGGUUUGCAUGGAGUGCAGGUGGUGCCACACCCAUCAUCUUUACUAGAAGAGACUACUGAACAUGGGGAAUUCCCACAAUCAGCAUAUGGAAGUUCAGGCACUGGAGUGAAUGAGACAUUGUUGAUGCAGCGAGUAUGGCAACAAAGACCAGCAUGUUUGAGGCCAAUCCAUUGUUCUCUUCCUGGUGAUCAAAAUCUUGCAGAAAGAUUUGCUAAUGUGCUUACUUCACUUCCUUUUAUUGCUCUUGGAAUCCAAGCCCCGAGGAAGGACUUGAAUACUAAGCUGUAUGCCAAUUCCUUAAUUGGAGUUGGAGUUGCCUCAAGUUUGUAUCAUGUUUCCCAAGGAGAAAUAAGGAAAUAUUUGAGAUGGGCUGACUAUACAAUGAUAGCCACAGCCACAGUAUGUCUAUCAAGGGCCCUCAGAAAUGAGAACCCGAAGUUGCUGAUGGCUGCAUCUGCAAUGUUUUUACCAUUCCAGCCUCUGAUGGUUUCAGCAGUUCAUACUGGGAUGAUGGAGGUUGCUUUUGCAAAAAGAGCGUUGAAAGAUCCCGACCUCAGGAUGGCGCACAAUGUGCAUAAGAUGUCAUCAUUGUUGGGAGGUUUUCUCUUCAUUGCAGAUGAUGUCUUUCCAGAAACUCCUUUCCUUCAUGCCGGUUGGCAUCUUGCUGCAGCUGUUGGUGUUGGCACCUGUAACAAGCUUCUACAGUAGUGUAUGUAUAAUUUUUUAUUGAAUCAAUGCUUAUUGAUAUAUUCAAACAACUUCCCUCGAGGAUCAAAACCUUUUUGAACUCACAACCUUAGUAGAUACUCACCACAAUAAGGUGAACCAAUGUAGGAGGAGUUGUUUAGCUUGUUGCAGUUCAAUGGCUCAUACUAGUUUAGGCUUCCUAAAAGCACAUUCUUUCCAUGAGUCUAUGUAUUCAUUAUAUAUGUUCUCCAGCAUGCCUGUGAACUUUGAGCUAAGAUGUAAAGUAUUUCAUGUACUUUCUUUCUCCAAAAGGAAAUAUAUAUAUAUAUAUAUUUUCUUCCUAUUUUCCCAUAA